GGGCAAUUUUCUUCGGCAUGCAUGUGAAACGCGGGUGAAGUCCUCAAUGCUCACCUGACAAACCUCAUCGUCAAUGUCACUUAGGUUUGUGAUCUAUCCCAUCUUGUCAGUAUAUACCGACGAGGAAGAAGCCAUACCUCGUUACCACCAUCAAUAUAUACUCUGAUCUUCAUUCUGUGGGGCUGUCCCUUGUCGAGAUAGGCGGCAUACUCUCUGCGGCUCUCCGGUCGAUUGUUUAGCCGCUCAUCUUGAUGUCAAAUCUCGGAUUAGCAGAUAACGAUAUCUCGACGUCGUCCUGAUCUGACUUGACACGAUCUCAUGGCGACUCUUGACCUGCGAGUCAGCUCUCAUCAUGUCUGAAAUCCGGGAUGACAAAGCCCAACAUGUGGUCCCAUUCAUCCUCUCCCUGCUAUCUCAACACCAAACUCAACAUGCUAACAACUCCAAUCCACCGCCCUUCUUCAUCGGGCUCAAUGGUGUUCAAGGCGCUGGCAAAUCCGUUCUGGUUGACAUUCUGAAGAAGACACUGUCAUCUCCUCCACACAAUCUCUCAGCAGUAGUAUUCUCUCUCGAUGACCUCUACCUCACGCAUGGCGACCAAGUCUUGUUGGCCCAAUCUCACCCAGACAAUCCGCUGCUACAACAUCGAGGCCAACCCUCGACGCACGACGUCCCACUAGGCCUGUCCGUAUUCGCAAGCUUGAAAGCCAGCAAACCGACCAAAAUUCCACAAUACAACAAAGCCGCAUUUUCUGGCCAAGGCGACCGAGUCCCUGAGAGUGAAUGGGAGGAAGUCAACACCGACCCAUCCUCGCCAGUCCGCGUAGUGCUUUUCGAGGGCUGGUCCGUCGGAUUCCGGCCACUAACCCCACAAAUCCUCGAAGCAAAACAUGCAGCAGCAGUAUCAGCACUGCAGAACUCAACACCUUCCAACCCCUACAAGGGUCGACUCGGCCACAACACGUUGAAGAGCGUCAUGGCCAUCAACGACGCCCUCAGGACAUACGACGAACUCACCUCACAGCUGGACGCAUUUAUCCACAUCGACGCCGCGGAUCCGCUGUACGUGUACAAAUGGCGUCUCGAGCAGGAAGCCAACCUGCGCGCCUCACGCGGCUCCGGCAUGACGGAUGAGCAGGUCAAACACUUUGUCGACGGAUAUUACCCAGCCUACGAGCUGUACACGGACACAUUGCGCGACGGUGUCUUCAAAGACACAAAAACCGACUGGCAGGGCAGACAAUUACGACUCAUUGUCGGCCAGGACCGGAAAGUCAAGGAGGUGGUGACGAUAUAGGCGGGACAGAGACUUCUCGUCCUCUUUGCGUCCCAGCCCUCGUUAACCAUAGCAACUAUGGUAUUCCUUUCGAGGUCUUUCUUUCUUUCUCUCAUCGCCAUGCCAUGUGAGAGGGGACGACCAUCUACGGAUCUAUCCAAUUCCACAGAUGUGAGCCAAGAAAAAGAUUUGAGACUUCGGAAGAUGAAGAAUGACCAGGUUCUGGUGGGUGCGCCGGUGCGGCGCAUGAAGGCCGAAGUUCGAAAUCAUCCCGGCCGGAGUACCAGGAAUUUCGGUUUCCAUAUGCCCACCUCACCCUCCAUGACCACAAGUGAAAACUUGGAUUUGCUGAGCAAUCUCUGACUCACAACGUUACCGUAGCAUUCAAGACGAUUUCACCAUCACACCGCCAUUCUAUUGCAUC